AUGCUUGCCGAAAUCAAGAGCCUGGACGAUUUGCAGGCCCGACAUCCAAAGAGAGCCGAGAAUGUGACAAUUAUUGGAGGAGGUCUGUCGGGCCCAUGUUUAGCCAUAUUCCUCAAGAAACUACAUGGUAUUAAUUCAACAAUUUACGAGUUGCGAUCAGAAGACUAUAGUGCUGGCGUUAAUAUUGCUUUAGCCCCGAAUGCUCUUCGAGUCCUACAGCACAUGGGCGUACUUGAUGAACUUCGAACUUUGGGCCAUUCCUACGAAAAGAUGGCUCUUACUUCUGCCAGAACCGGGAAACAAAUCGGGAGUAUUUUGAACGGCAGUCAAAAACACUACAACUAUGAAAGUAUGCGCAUCCACCGCCGCACGGUGCAGCUGGUUCUCCUCAAAGAGUGCAAGGCUCUGGGUAUACCCGUCCACUUCAACAAGCGAGUCGAGGGUAUCGUUGAAGAAACAGAUACGUAUGUCAGGGUCAAAUUCGAAGACGGCGAGGUGGUGACAACCGACACCGUUAUUGCUGCUGAUGGCCUCUGGUCGAAGGUCAGAGAUCAUAUCGUCAAACGAGAAUUGCCCUACAGCGGUGCCAUGGGCGUCAUUAUCAUGAACAUUGACCGGGAAAAACUAGAUGAGUCGGUCAAGAAGGUAGAGCUUCCCACUUUCUGCUUCGGUCAGAAUGGGAUGAUCGCCGUUUUCCCUUCGAAUCCCUGGGGUGGUGCAAUAGACAUGUUCUCGACAAUGCCCUUCCCAGCUAGGUCCAGGGAGGAGUGGGAAGCCCUCGAUGCGGAUGGCGAAGCUAAACGAAAGAUUAUGAUGGAUCGAUUCGGCAGAGACUGGCCCCCUUACAUCUCCCGAGUCUGGGAGAAGGAGCCGGCAGACAACAUGUGGCUCACGCCUUUUUACGAUGCCCCGCCAUUCGAACGCUGGACCAGCCCUGAGGGGCGGGUCAUCAUCAUCGGCGAUGCUGCACACGCAUUUUCGCCCCAGGGUGGACAAGGCGCUGCCAUGGCGAUGGAGGAUGGAGAAACUCUGGCUCACACCAUUGCACACGCCGAUUUUGCAACAGAGCGGAUGAGGCUGCUGGGAAAAUGGGAAAAGCAUCGACAGGGGCGCCUUCGGUUGGUCAAAGAAUUGACAGACUGGAGUGGCCGGCAGCGUGCACCUACCAGUUCUCCAUUCAUGUGGUACCUGAAAGAGUGGAUCAUGUGGGCUGUCCUGAAGGUGAAAGGUCCGACCAUGGGCAUGGAAUGGCUGUAUGGGUACAAUCCAGAAGACAUCAUUAGUGUAUUACGAAGCUAG